CGUGACCCAACUUCAUCAGAGUCCUGCCUCUCUUCCUAGAGCUGCCGCUGCUUCCAGACCACUCCGGAUAAUGGCGACAGCCGAGGUACUGAAGAUAGGUAAAAAACUCUAUGAGGGUAAAACAAAAGAAGUCUAUGAAUUGUUGGAUAGUCCAGGAAAAGUCCUCCUGCAGUCCAAGGACCAGAUCACAGCAGGAAAUGCAGCCAGAAAGAAUCACCUUGAAGGAAAAGCUGCAAUCUCAAAUAAAAUUACCAGUUGUAUUUUUCAGCUGUUACAGGAAGCAGGUAUCAAAACUGCUUUCACCAGAAAAUGUGGAGAGACAGCUUUCAUUGCACCUAAGUGUGAAAUGAUUCCAAUUGAAUGGGUUUGUAGAAGAAUAGCAACUGGUUCUUUUCUCAAAAGAAAUCCUGGUGUCAAGGAAGGAUAUAAGUUCUACCCACCUAAAGUAGAGAUGUUUUUCAAGGAUGAUGCUAAUAAUGAUCCACAGUGGUCUGAGGAACAGCUAAUUGCUGCAAAUUUUUGCUUUGCUGGACUUGUUAUAGGCCAAACUGAAGUGGAUAUCAUGAGUCAUGCUACACAGGCUAUUUUUGAAAUACUGGAGAAAUCCUGGUUGCCCCAGAACUGUACACUGGUUGAUAUGAAGAUUGAAUUUGGUGUUGAUGUAACCACCAAAGAAAUUGUUCUUGCUGAUGUUAUUGAUAAUGAUUCCUGGAGACUCUGGCCAUCAGGAGAUCGAAGCCAACAAAAAGACAAACAGUCGUAUCGUGACCUCAAGGAAGUAACUCCUGAAGGGCUGCAGAUGGUAAAGAAAAAUUUUGAGUGGGUUGCAGAAAGAGUAGAGUUGCUUCUGAAACCAGAAAGUCAGUGCAGGGUUGUAGUAUUGAUGGGCUCAACCUCUGAUCUUAGUCACUGUGAAAAAAUUAAGAAGACUUGUGGAAAUUUUGGCAUUCCCUGUGAACUUAGGGUAACAUCUGCCCAUAAAGGACCAGAUGAAACGCUGAGGAUUAAAGCUGAGUAUGAAGGGGAUGGCAUUCCUACUGUAUUUGUGGCAGUGGCAGGCAGAAGCAAUGGUUUAGGACCAGUGAUGUCUGGUAACACAGCAUAUCCAGUUAUCAGCUGUCCUCCCCUCACUCCAGACUGGGGAGCUCAGGAUGUGUGGUCUUCUCUUCGAUUACCCAGUGAAUUUUCUGCAUUCUGGAUUUAGCUGAUUACAUUCCUGGGUGUUGUUUAACAUGCUCUUCCAUCCCCUAUUUUCUGUAAAGUGGUGGUAAAGUCUGUAGUUAGAUCAAGUUCAGAUUUGGUUUUGGUUUUGGUUUUGGUUUUGGUUUUUUUCCCCACCCAGGAAUACAUCACUCAUGGUAUUUUGUUGUUUUGUUUUGUUUUGUUUUUUGUAAAUGUGAUUGUUACUUCUGUAGAAGAAAUAAAAUAUUUAAAAAUUAGGGAUUAGAAUAAUUAAAACCAAGGAAGUUUCAUCAGUUGGCUGGCUGAGCAGGAUCUCAUAAAAUAACAAUAUUGUUGUGUGCUCAUCAUGGUCCAAGAUAAUGAUCUGAUCUACAAGGCCUGAGUGUCAAUACUGUUUCAGUAAGAGUCGAUCUGCUUAUUACUUAAUAAACCUCAUAUUUUUCUCA